AUGCUGAAAUUCCCGCAAAUUACUUUACGAGGUCCAUUAUACUUGAAUAGGACAUCUCAUUACACCUUAUCUCGUUUCAACUCAACCAAAAGUGAUACAUCAUCGAUUAAGGUUAAACUUACAGACAAUCAAGCUGACGAAAAGGGGACCAUCGACUCGUCCUCGACUAUUUCUGCCAACAGAAUAUCAAGAGACGAUGCUCAAAUCCUCCUAGAUCGUCUUUUCAAGACAAAUAAACCGUCGUGGUCAAUAACAUCCAAAGAUGGAUCGUUUUCUAGACAGCAGGCCAUGUCAAAUAUUCAAGAAAAGAACAAAUUCAAGGUUCUGGACGAAAAGUUGUUGGAAUUGCAGUCUCAACCAGUCGAUUUUCAAUACUAUCUAAGAAAUAUCAACGACUUGAAGAGUGCCAAUCAACUUCCCUACAAGUUUGGCUCCAAUCAACUUGUUUCUGAGGAUCCUACAAUGAACCAUUUCCUCAGACAGAUCGUCUGGGAAUUUAAUGCUCCUAUUCGAUAUGCUUUUGGAUACGGUUCCAAAGUAUUCUCGCAGAAUGUGGAUGCAUCAAAGUCUCAAGUCGAUAUGAUCUUUGCCGUUUCUUAUCCUGGUCAUUGGCAUUCUCUUAAUCUACAUCAAUAUCCUCAACAUUAUUCAUUCUUACGGUAUUUCGGCUCUGAGACUAUUUCUAAAAUAGCCGACUGGGGGGCUGGAGUCUACUUCAAUCCAUUCGUGAAGAUGAAUUUCACUAAAACCCAACAGACUAAAGCGGAUUUCCAACUUAAAUAUGGUGUAACAUCUGUUGAAAACCUUGUUGACGAUUUGACUAAUUGGACUACAAUGUAUUUGAGUGGCAGAUUACAUAAGCCCGUGGCUAUAGUUAGAAACGCGCCCAAAAUUUCAUUGUUGGAGCAAUUUAAUUUGACAAGUGCUGUUAAGUUGUCGCUCCUUUUACUUAAUAAGCCUGAAAUCAAUGAGACAGAGCUAUACGAGGCCAUCACUUCCAUUUCGUAUUUGGGAGACCCAAGAGUUAAACUUGGAGGAGAGAAUCCUUACAAGGUUCAGAACAUUGUUCAAGGUCAGUUUGAGUCAUUCAGAAAGGUGUAUUUGCCAUUAAUUAAGAGUUAUUUCCCCACCCUAUUACAGCAGCAGACACCCUCAGAUGCGGCUGAACAUGUGUUCAAGGUGAAUCUAUCAUCAGAAGCUAAGGCUGCCAUCAUUUCUGAACUUCCUAAGAACUUCAGAAAGAAAGUGUUGGAUAAAUACACUUCGAAAUAUCAAUCUGAGUUCUCGAAAGACCUAGUGUCACAGAAUGUAUUGGGUAAGCUACCAUUAAUCACGAGAGCCUCGUUGAAACCCCUCAAAUCACACAGUGAGUUGUCGUUCAUGGAAUUACAAGAAAUGACCAAUGAUCCAGGUACAAGACUCUCAGAGGUUCCUUUGGAAGACUGGGAAUACAUUCCAACGAGUAAUGAUUACAAGAUUGCUGAAUUUGUACGUAAAGUUGCUGAUGAUGAUCAAUUGGCUUAUAAUUUGAGACUCAGCAUUAAACAAACAGUGGCUGGACCUGCACUGAUCCAAACUAUGAAGGGGAUUCUUACUUCAGGAAUGAUCAAAUCAGUGAAAUAUGCUUGGGGAAAAAAGACAAAGUACUGGCAAGGAAAAGCCAGCCAGUGA